AGGAGGGAGAUGCCGGAGGAGGACACCAAACGCCCAAAAUCCAUGACGCUGGCCGCCAUCCCUUCCUUGGAGGACUUGUUGGCCAAUUCUUGUUCGACCAGAGUCACCCUUACCCCCCAACAGCAUGAAAAAUGUGCCCUUGCUCUCAAAUUCUUCAAAGACAAGGUCCGGAUGCCGAACAGAUCAACCGAGAGUGGGAUCAAUUAGAUGCCAUUUAUAUAACACAAUCUGAGGCGGAGAAGCGUAGCACUGUGGCUCUCAACACUCUCAAUUUCUGCAAAAACCGGUAUGAUGAAUACGUAGCGUUCGACGAAAAUAGGGUUGUUCUCAACUCUUGUGCGGCAGGGGCAGGGGACUACAUCAAUGCCAGCUUCAUCGCAACACCAUCUUCCUCCUCUUGUUUUAUUGCAACACAAGGUCCACUUUCACACACCUUUGAAGCUUUAUGGGAGAUGGUCAUCCAGUACCGUUGCUCUGUAAUUGUCAUGCUUACUGACUUGGUUGAUAACAAAUGUGGAGAUUAUUUUCAAGCCGAUGACAACGACGGCGUUAGUAGUAGAGAAUUUGGGAAUGUAUGUGUAGCCACUAAGUGGAUGAGAAGAGUUGGUGGAUUUGGAGAUGGUAAUUCGGAUUCACUAGUAUUGCGCCUUUUGGAGGUGAAGAAGAAGAUUAAUAAGGAACAGUCAACAGACUCAGACUCAAAGGAACCUUCACCGCCCAUGUCUGUUUUGCAUAUUCAGUAUCCUCAAUGGCCCGACCAUGGAGGUCCCGAAGACACAUUUGCAGUUCGUGGAAUUUUGAAAAGAGUGAGGUAUCAGGUAACACUGGGCAUACCCGACUGCGGCCCAAUAGUGGUGCACUGCAGCGCAGGUGUUGGGAGAACUGGAACGUACUGCACCAUUCAUGAUACACUGCAGAGAAUUCUUUCGGGCGACAUGUCGGCUUUAGAUUUAGUAAAAACAAUAACCACAUUCAGGUCUCAGCGAGAUGGAAUGGUCCAGAAACCGGAGCAGUAUCGUUUCUGUUAUGGCUCCUACCACAUACAUAUUUUUGGCUUCUGCAAUCCCAGUCAUUUCAUUUGGUGAACAAUUGGAGCGAAGUACUGGUGUUUUUUGCAACUCUUCAACUGCUCCAACUCCAAGUCUUAGAAAUUAUUUGUUUAUUUUUACUUGUUUCUGUACAGUAGUAUUCAGGGUGGCUAUUUGGUUAACUUACACAAUUAUUUAGUCAAUUAAAUACACUUGUCUCGAC